AUGAAGUGCCGCUCCGAUUCGUCAGGCGGCGGCGACGACCCCCGGCCCCGGCCCCCCGCUGCCACGGGCGUUGGCGACUCGCCCGAGGGCGAGCCGAGUAAGAAGCAGCGGACAGAGGAGCCAUCCCCAAGCUCCAGCGUGGUGGGUGAGUGCUCGUCUUCGUCCACGCAGGCUCCACCGCCGCUGCCGCUGGCGGUGCAGUUGCCGCAGGAUGCAAGAGUGGGCGAGCCGCCGGCGCCGGCGCCGCCAGGUUCCGAGUCCGGAGGGGGCGAGCAGGUGAUGAGGGUGCCGGAUCUCGGGGAGGACCUGGUGUUCGAGGUGCUGAUGCGGGCGGAGGCCCGGACGCUGGCGGCCGCGGCGUGCGUGAGCCGCGGGUGGCGCGUGCUGGCGCGGGACGAGCGGCUGUGGGAAGCGGCGUGCCUGCGGGACUGGGCCUACACUGGAUUCUCCGAGCAGAUGCUUCGCACCGUCGUGCUUUCGCUUGGGGCUUCCGGCGCCUACACGAGAUGUACAUCCGGCCGGUCCAGCAGCGUGCGGCUGGAGCGCCGCCGCCCGGGCAGCAGCAGAGGCGGCAGUUGCCAGUGA